AUGGUUUUGCAAGAGUUGCGUGGGCCCAGCACGAUACCCGUGGUGGAACCACGCCGACUCGAGGGCGUGCGCCAGGUGCAAGCUAGGCAAGGGGCUGGUCUUCAGGGGGUACUGGUCUUCCUCAAGCAGCAGAGCGACCUCGGCAAGUUCGGCUACUGGGGGGAUUGCGUCCAAGCCAACAAGAAAUUGGCUGCCCAGGCGCGAGGGGGCGAGGACGUCCCCAUGGAGCCCGCCGAGGUUGGGGAUGCCACCGACGCCGCCGCCAAGAAUCGGCUGCAGGAGGUGGACGAACUCAUCCAGCGGCUCAAGGGCAUCGAGGAGCCUGCCGUGGUCGAGACGCGCACAACGUUGUUGGCGGAGCAGGCCGAGCUCAGGGCCGAGGUGGCGGCGUCACGACCUCUUGGGCAGCGCCUGCGGGAGCUGGGCGCGCAGUUCACGAAGCAGCAGAAGUUGCGAGAUGGCCAGCAACGCCGGCUCGACGGUUUGCAGGCGCAGAUCCGAGAGCUGCAGGAAAAGGAGCGUGCCACCCUGGACAAGCUGGCGGCCUUGGAUGCCAGCAUGGAGGAGCUUGGCCUGGAGAGGAAGAAGCUGCAGGGUCAAGUGCCGACCCCUGACGAGCGGCCCGCCGUGGACGAGCCGAUCAAAGGGGUCAAUGCCACGCUGGAGGGGCGCCUUCCUCGAGGCGUGCUCUUCCAAAGCCUCGGGGCAGAACGCCAGCUGGCAGGGCGCCUCACCGCCAGCCUCGAGGAGCUGCGGCAGCUGGAUGGGCAGGAGAAGGAGAAGAAAGCGGCCGAGAAGGAGCGUGAGGCGGCCGAGAAGCAAGCCGAGGACGCACCGGGCGCCGCGGAUGCACAGGAUCCCGAGUUCCUGGCCGAGGUGGUCGCCGCGGGCGGCGAGAAACACGAGCUGGAG